AUGGGAUCAAUUAACCCUUCCGAGAAUCCCACUAGAUUCAUACUGACAGCAGAGGAUUUAAACAAUGCUCUGCCUGAUAUGCACAUGGCCACCAGAGCCAUUCAUGCCGAUGACUUCGUCAGUCCUCACCGUGCCAUUGCCCCUGGCAUGCAUACCGCGGUGAACUUCCGCUAUGCACGAGAUCCAGAUGAGCUGGUGCCCGAGGAGAAUAAGGAUCCAGAUGCGCCUUUUGAUUCCCACAUAUAUUCCCGCUACACAGCACCCAACUCCAAUCGCCUAGAAAUCCUGCUGCGCAGCCUCAUGGGCGGCGAAGUGAUUACGUACUCGUCUGGACUCUCGGCUUUUCACGCGAUGCUUGUCCUCCUCAACCCCAAGCGCAUCUUCAUCGGAGAUGGAUACCACGGGUGCCACAGUGUUGUGGACAUUAUCAACAGACUGACAGGCAUCCAAAAACUGGAUCUGACACAGAUCAACCAAGCCGGCCCGGGGGAUAUAAUCCACGUGGAAACGCCACUCAAUCCUACCGGGGAGGCGCGCAAUCUCGCCUACUACCGUGCCAAAGCAAGCGAGAAGGGGGCAUACCUAACCGUGGACUCGACCUUUGCUCCGCCCCCGCUGCAGAACCCCCUGGAUUUCGGAGCCGACAUUGUGUUGCACAGUGGCACCAAGUAUGUGGGCGGCCAUUCCGAUAUGCUUUGCGGGGUUUUGGUCAUCCACCCAGAUCGAGUUAAGGAGGGGUGGCUGAAAACACUCCGUACGAAUCGCCAAUACAUCGGUAGUGUCAUGGGGAGCUUUGAGGGCUGGCUGGGGAUCCGGUCUGCUCGCACCAUGCAGCUCCGCGUGGCGAGACAAGCUCAAACGGCGAAAAGGCUGGCUAGGUGGUUACAGGAGCAGCUGAAGGACGAAACGUCUCCUGUUGCAAAGGUUCUGAGCCAUGUCCAGCACGCCUCGCUCCAGGAGGAUGACUUGAAGAACGGCUGGCUGCAGAAGCAGAUGCCGGGAGGCUUUGGGCCUGCUUUUGCUGUUUGGACGAAGAGCCCGGAGUAUGCGCGCCGACUGCCCAGCAGGAUGUUUAUCUUUCAGCACGCAACUAGUCUUGGAGGGGUUGAAAGUCUGAUGGAGUGGCGGGCGAUGAGUGACGCGCGCUGCGACCACAGAUUGUUACGGAUCAGUUGCGGGAUUGAAGAGUUCGAUGAUUUAAAAGCUGAUAUCAUGCAAGGACUGGAGUCGCUGUUACGGGAUUUUCCCUGA